GAGGUGGAGCCUAAUCUCAGAGGCCCUGAGAUAGUCACCAUGGGGGAAAAUGACCCGCCCGCGGCUGAAGCCCCCUUCUCCUUCCGAUCGCUUUUCGGCCUUGACGAUUUGAAAAUAAGUCCGGUUGUGCCAGACGCAGAUGAAGUCGCCGCGCAGAUCCUGUCGCUGCUGCCGCUGAAGUUCUUCCCCAUCAUUGUCAUCGGGAUCAUCACGUUGAUACUGGCACUGGCCAUCGGUCUGGGCAUCCACUUCGACUGCUCCGGGAAGUACAGGUGUCAUUCAUCUUUUAAGUGUAUUGAACUGACAGCUCGGUGCGACGGGGUCUCAGACUGCAGAGACGGGGAGGACGAGUACCGAUGUGUGCGGGUGAGCGGUCAGAGUGCUGUGCUCCAGGCGUUUGUAGCUGCUUCGUGGAGGACCAUGUGCUCUGAUGACUGGAAAGGUCACUACGCGAAAGUUGCCUGCGCCCAGCUGGGGUUCCCAAGCUACGUCAGUUCAGAGAACCUCCGAGUGAGCUCGAUCGAGGAGCAGUUCCAGGAGGACUUUGUGUCCAUCAAUCACCUCCUGCCGGAUGACAAGGUGACGGCCUUGCAACAUGCCGUGUAUGUGAGGGAGGGCUGUGCCUCGGGUCACGUGGUAACCGUGAAGUGCACAGCCUGUGGUCUGAGAACGGGCUACAGCCCGCGCAUCGUCGGCGGAAACACGUCCACGCUGGCGCAGUGGCCCUGGCAGGUCAGCCUCCAGUUCCAGGGCUACCACCUGUGUGGGGGCUCCGUCAUCACCCCGCUGUGGAUAGUCACCGCUGCACACUGUGUUUACGACCUGUACCUGCCCAAGUCCUGGACCGUCCAGGCGGGCCUCGUGUCCCUGCUGGACAGCCCGGCCCCCUCCCACCUGGUGGAGAAGAUCAUCUACCACGGCAAGUACAAGCCGAAGAGGCUGGGCAACGACAUCGCCCUCAUGAAGCUGGCCGGGCCGCUCACGUUCAGCGAGAUGAUCCAGCCCGUCUGCCUGCCCAACUCGGAAGAGAGCUUCCCGGAUGGGAAGGUGUGCUGGACGUCAGGAUGGGGCGCCACGGAGGAUGGAGGUGACGCCUCCCCUGUCCUGAACCACGCAGCCGUCCCUCUGAUUUCCAACAAGAUCUGUAACCACAGGGAGGUGUACGGCGGCAUCAUCUCCCCGUCCAUGCUCUGUGCGGGCUACCUGAAGGGCGGUGUGGACAGCUGCCAGGGGGACAGUGGGGGGCCCUUGGUGUGUCAGGAGAGGAGGGUGUGGAAGUUGGUGGGAGCAACCAGCUUUGGCAUUGGCUGUGCCGAGGUGAACAAGCCUGGCGUCUACACCCGCAUCACCUCCUUCCUGGACUGGAUCCACGAACAGAUGGAGAGGGACCUGAAAACUUGAACAGUCGGGGACAAGCCACCACCUUGUGCUCCCGCGGUGACAGUGACGGAGACAGGCUGGCCCUCCCUGGCCCCCGUGUGGGAACGUGGACGUGAGCAGUCGGCCUCCGUGCUCUGCUUCCCGGCCCCGCAGCAGAGCCGAGAGCAGCUUCCUGCAGCCUCCGCACCCGGCCCGGCCUGCUUCGGACCCCUCUGACCUCUCACCGGCCGCCGGGUCUCGGGCUAAAAUGACCUUGGAGCUCUUCUGACCUUCCCUAAGAACGAAUGCAGGAGCGCCUCCCAGGUGCUACCUUUCCCAUCUGUCCCUUGGUUUUCUCCACGGGAGCCACGCAGCAUUCCUGGCGAGACGUUAGGCAGGCUCAUGUGCAGAGCAACCACAGCCUCCCGGGAAAGACGCUCCACCCGGGGCCGCAGCAGGGCUGUCAUGGCAGAUGCAGCCAUCUGCACGUCUCUGCCCCGGGGACCAGGACCAAACCCGCAUUUUCUGUUCCCAAGAUCUAUUUCCACAUGUGGGGAACUUAAUCUAUGGACAGUUAGUUGUAAGGUGUAUUAUCGUUAUUUCUUUGUAGCAUUUGGUGCUUGACAUAUCAUUGUCUCUUGCUUCCA